AUGGCGGAAACGGACUCGACAUCGAGGGUCAACGCGCCUGCUGGUGUCUCUAGUGGUGCUACCGGACAGAAUAGCCGUACGCACCGAGUACUACUGACACGGAGGACCACACUCCUUGCAGCACUGGGUCGGGCCGAGGCAUUUUUGGCGGACUACGAUGCUGUGAGGGACGCGACGAAGGUGCAGGUGCGGCUGGACCACAUCGAGAACGUUUGGAAGAACUUAGAGGAGGUGCAAACGGAAUUGGAGUGUGCUGAGGAAAGUGAAGAAGGUAUGGAAUUGCAUGAAGAAGCACGUGCCAGCUUUGAAGAACGAUUGCUAAUAAUAAAAGCAGAAUUAACAUCCAAACUUCCUGUUAUUCCUAUUGACUCUCAAAUCCUUCAAACUGUACACCCUACUUCCGCUCUCUCUGGUUUGAAACUGCCGACUAUUUCUCUUGCUGAAUUCGACGGGGACUAUAUGCAAUGGUUGGGUUUCCAUGACACGUUCUUAGCUCUGAUUCAUUCGAACACCGAUGUGCCAGCGAUUCAGAAGUUCCACUAUCUGAAAGCAGCUUUGAAAGGGGAGGCUGCCCAGCUAAUUGAAUCGAUUGCGAUUAGCGCAGCAAAUUAUAAUUUGGCUUGGGAUGCUCUGGUGGGACGUUAUGCGAAUGAUUAUCUCUUGAAAAAGCGACACUUACAGGCUCUUUUCGACGUUCAUCCAAUGAAGAAGGAAACCGCAGUGACACUCCACGCGUUGGUGGACGAGUUUGAACGUCAUGUGAAGACUCUGCAGCAGAUGGGCGAACCGACGGCGCAGUGGAGCAGCAUUCUUGAGCACCUACUGUGCACACGUCUACACGAUGACACGCUCAAAGCGUGGGAGGACCAUGCCUCCACCGUGGAGGAUCCGAACUAUUCGUGUCUCAUCGAUUUUCUCCAACGUCGGAUGCGUGUUUUGGAAUCAAUUUCCGUCAAUAACCAUGCGUCUCCUUGCUAUGGGAAUUCGGCGAAUAGUAACUUGAAAAGGUCAACUCAGUUUCGUCUUUCUUCGAAUGCUGCCACUACUAAUUCUGGCAGUAAGUGCCCUGCGUGCGGCCAGGAGCAUUUCAUCACCCGGUGUCAGAAAUUCAACGGUUUUUCAGUUGCUCAGCGACGGCAACUGGUGUUCAAGAAGCGACUGUGUAACAACUGCUUGAAGGGUGAUCACAUGGCGAAGGAUUGCACUUCAAAUUUCAAUUGUAGGCAUUGCAAUAUGCGACACCAUUCUUUCCUCCAUUCUGCGUCGUACGAGGGUUCUCAGAGGUCCGCUCCCGAGACUCAUUUCUCCAGUACCCCAGCUGUAGUGCAGAUUGCUCCGCCCUUGGUGGGCAAGCCUAGUGUGCAAUCGACGGUUGCAGCCACCGAAAACAUCCUUGAUUGUGAGGUGAGUGCUCCAGUGCAGCAGCCGCGGGGAAACGUUUUUCUUCAGACGGUACUGGUGAAGAUUGUCGAUGCUUUUGGGCAGGAUCAUCUAGCACGUGCUCUUCUCGACAGCGCAUCGCAGCCCAACCUAAUCACUGAGCGGCUGGCACGCCUGCUACGACUAAGAAGAAGCAACGUGAACGUGACUAUCCAUGGGGCCGGUCAGCUUCAGCAAACGGUGCGCAACUCUAUCGUGGCCCAAGUCCAGUCGCGAGGCGGCAAUUUCGAUUUAGGGAUCAGCUUUCUAGUGAUAGACAAGGUCACUGCAGACCUUCCGGCGCAGGAUAUUACCAUCGCGGACUGGCAGAUUCCCGACGAACUUCCCCUGGCCGAUCCUGCGUUCAACAUGAGGCAACGCAUUGACAUGGUUCUGGGGGCGAAACAUUACCAUUCGUUCUUCCCCAGUGCAGCUCGCAUUCAGCUCGGUGAGCAGCUCCCACAUCUAAUGAAGAGCGUGUUUGGAUGGGUCGUAACAGGUUCCGCUUCACUACAACAGCUUACGCAACCGUCCACUUCCACUGUCAGUUCCUACAACACCGUAACUGUAUCCAUGAUUUCGUUGGAGGACAGCAUCGAGCGCUUUUGGAAGAUCGAAGACUUGCAGAUGAGUGAUAACUAUUCGGUCGAGGAACGUCACUGCGAAUCUUUGUUCCAAUCGACGGUGGCACGGACAGCUGAUGGACGCUACAUGGUCCGGCUGCCUCGAAAGCCAGAUUUCGACGCCAUGAUGGGAGAAUCCAGAGCCUCUUCGUCGGUACGAAAUGCUUGA